ACGAGGCCCCGCCCCCCAUCCAGCUCACCCACCGCCUGCCAACAACCAAACAAAAUGGCGGCGGCUCAGCUCCUCGCGCCGGGCUCUUAAAGGAGCCGCAGCACCUCGGGCCUCGCGCGCGGAGGCGGCGGCGGUCGCGCGGCGGAGGGAGGGAAGGCGGCGGCGAAGGGCGCCGCGAGCCGGGGCAUUCGCGGGGGGUCGCCGGCAGCCCGGCGCGUUCUGGCGGCGGCGAGGCGGAAGCCGUGUGGCGGCGUUACCAUGUCAACGCAGGUAAUCAAAGCGGAGGCCUGAGGGGAACCACGAUAUUGGCCAUAUUAUAGCCUGUAUCUUUUGCAAUGAAGAAGGGCUCGGUACACAAAGCAUUAUGUAGGGAAACACAGAUCUCGGCCUCUCGGACACCUAGUCCAAUGUCUACUGUCAGUUCAAGUACCACAUCACCAUCACCUCUUAGACGUCAGGCAUCUCCAUCUACUCGCAAAAGCAGGGAGUGGAAACGUCAACAAUGUGAUAUUACAGCAAAAAAUAUAGAAGCUGCUUUUGAGAAUCAGUUUCAUGAAGAUGAAAAUGGUGUUAAUCCAGGAGUUAGGUACAUUACAGAAUCCCUUAUAAAAGGUCUAUCAAAACAGGAAAAUUUGGCAUGUAUAAGCUCACUGAAUCUUUCUUUUACAAAAGAUGGGGACAAGAAAUUUAAGUACAUAGAAAAUUUGGAAAAGUGCUCUAAACUAGAGACACUGAAUAUCAGUAACAACCAAAUAGAGAAGAUUGAGAAGUUGGAUAAACUGUUGAAGUUGCGUGAACUCAACUUGUCUUACAACAAAAUCAGUAAAAUUGAAGGUAUAGAACAUAUGCAGAAUCUGCAAAAGCUGAACCUUGCAGGGAAUGAGAUUGAGCAUAUUCCUUUGUGGGUAGGGAAGAAAUUGAGAUCCCUGCGCAUCCUGAAUUUGGAACAGAAUAAAGUAUCAUCACUCCAUGAUAUUACUAAACUAAAGCCUCUACAAGAUCUGACUUCUCUGUUCCUUGCUGAUAAUCCAGUUGUAAGUCUGCCUCACUAUCGCUUGUACACCAUAUUCCACUUGCGAGCACUGGAAAACUUGGAGGGACAGCCAGUGACAAAUCAUGACAGGCAGGAAGCUCUAGAGAGAUUUAAUUUAGAAGAAAUAGAAAAAUUAGAAAAAGAGUUGGAAAACACAGUAAAGGAGAUGGAGAAUCUUAAAGUUAAACAGUCCAAAGUGCUUGAGCAGCUUCACCAUCAAGAUGAGGUGAAUAAAUCAUUAAAAGAAAAGACUUUGCAACAGAAACAAAGCUAUGAAGAUCUACAGAGGGACCUGGGCACCAAAAAUGAAUUGCUAAAGCAGAAAACAAUGGAGCUAACACGAGCUUGCCAGAAACAGUAUGAAUUGGAGCAGGAAUUGGCAUUUUAUAAGAUUGAUGCAAAAUUUGAGCCAUUAAGUUAUUUUCCAUCAGAGGAUGUUGAACUCGAUGAUGUGCCUGGUGAAAGUCCAUAUAUUGGUAAGGCCAGGUACAAAAGAAAUAUGUUUAUACGAGAGGGUUAUAUUGGUAAUAAAGCUCAGCAGAUGAAGGUUGGAAAAGUGCAACUAGAUGAACAUGAUUUAUGUAGGAACCCCCAGCUAAAACUGCAGCUUCAAACUCUAGAUGAACAACUGGAGGAUAAAGAAAAAAAGAUUAAUUCAGCACAAGGAAGAUUAGAAGAACUGCAAAGUGCAAUAACAAAUGCAGAGCAACAAGUUUUGAAAGUAACAGAGGAACUACAACAAGCAGAAGAUGCUCUGGCUCAGAAAAAAAUAUCAGAGGCCAACAAGGAAGAUCGUGAGCAGCAAUUGAGUAACAAGAUACAAAUCUUGCAUCAGCUACGCAAGGAAGCUUUAGAACUGGAAAAACAGCUAGAGAAAGAGAAAAGAGAAAUAGGGAAAAAGCGGAAAGAGCUUGAAGACUUGCAGAGUUUUCUUGCUUCUGUAAAUCCUACAGAUCCAAGACAUGCACACAUGAGAGCUCAAAAAACAAGCAAAGAACAGCAGCUUGAUAUAAUGAACAAACAUUACAAACAGCUUGAGAGUCGCUUGGAUGAAAUGCUUUCUAGGAUUGCUAAGGAAACUGAGGAAAUCAAGGACUUGGAGCAACAGCUCACUGAUGGUCAAAUAGCAACAAAUGAAGCACUCAAAAGGGAUUUAGAAGGUAUUAUCAUUGGAUUACAAGAAUACCUUGAAAGUGUGAAAGGUCAGGCAAAACAGGCCAGUGAUGAAUGUAAGGAGUUGCAGAAGGAUAAGGAAUCUUUGCUACAAAGACUGGCAGAGCUAGAGGAAGAAAGAAACAACCUGGAAAUAGUUGCCAUGGAUGCAGAUAAUAUGAGAAAAGAAAUUGCAGUGCUGGAAGGUGCACUGCAAGAGCAACGAGAAAUAAAUGAAGCGCUUAGAGAUGCACAAGGGGACAUCAGUGCCUAUGAGGCUGAACUGGAAGCCCAGUUAAGAGAGAGGGACACUGAAGCCAGUCAGCAAAAGGAAGAAUUGGAAAGACUAAAGCAACUUAGCCAGAUGGAACGAUCAGCCCUGCAAGCUGAACUUGAAAAAGAAAGGCAAGCAUUAGAGAAUGCUCUGACCAAAGCACAAAUAGCAGAAGAGAAGGAACAAGAAAAUUAUAAACUCCUUUCUCAGUUCAGACAAUUGCAGGGAGACAAUAAUCUCCUGAAACAACAGCUUAAAGAUCUUCAAAAUCAGCUAAACCAUGCAGUUGGUAACUUAAUUCAUCCUGAGGAAGUCCUAGCUCGUAUAAAUGAACUCAAACAAAAGCUUCAGACGGGAGUUGGAGAGAUUAAGUGUCAUAAUUCAGCUGAUGUUUUAGGGAAAAGCCUUGCAAAUUUGCAGAAGGAAUUUAAUAACAUCCUUGCCGAUGCACAGAGAGAAAAAGAGAAAGCAUGGGCUAGAGAGAGACAAUUGCAGGAAGAGAUGGCAAUUCAACAGGAUAAGCUGGAAGACGUACAGGAAAAAUACAGACAGGCACGUAACAAAACUACAAAAACAAGAGUUAAAUGUGAAAACAGGCAGAAUGAGAACAAGGUCCAUCAGUUGGAGAAUGAAAUUCAACGUUUACAUGAAAAAAUAAAGAGCAUGGAAGAAAUUCAGGGCCUUGCUGAUCAACAGCUCCAAGAGGCAGAUGAGGAAAAAGAGACUAUUCUUGCCCAACUGGAAGACUUAGAGAAAAAGAAAAAAAUAGAUGAUGCCAGGGCAGAAAUGCGAUUUGUCAGUCUAGACAAAGAACUGAAGAAGUUAAAGAGAGCGAUCAUAACUUCAGAUAAACUGGCAACCACAGAGCUCUCCAUCGCUAAAAAUCAGCUAAAGGCUCUUCAUGGUACUGUUCUCAGAAUUAAUCAGGAGCGAGCUGAGGAAUUUGAGGAAGCUGAAGGGUUCUAUAUUCAGGCAGCUCAGGCAGCUCGAGAUCUUGCCCGAGCAGAAGCGGAAAUAGAAUUGUUGCAACAACUCCUAAAAGACAAGGAAGAACAAUUUCAGCAUGAAAUGGGGAAAGCUGGUGAUAAGACUGAGUCAAGCUCUGAGAAGUUUGAAAUUGAUAAAUUAAAUGGAGCCAUGAAGCAACAGAAAGCAGAAAUUGACCGUUUAAGACGGUUGUUGAGCAACAUCAGGACAGGUAACAAGGAAGAAAUUGAUGACUUACAGGAUGAAAUUGCAGCACUCAGAAAUGUGCUUUCUUACCAGAAUGAUUACAUCACUAGUAUAACAGAUCCAUUCAAAAGAAGGGGAUACUGGUAUUACAUGCCAUCAUCGCAGGCCUCAACUCCUGCUUCUCACAGCACAAAAGAUUCUGGAGUUGGUUUACUGUGUUCUGGCGUAUCUCCACCCAAAAGAGGGCAUGUUCAGGACAAGCAAGUCAGGAAGGAAGACUUGCCUAGUCCAAGCGGAUGUUGGAUUUAUUCACCAGUCAGAACUAGGUUGUACAAAACAAAUUCUGCUAAAGAUAGAAGAGAGAAAGAUGAUGGUGGAGGAAAUGAGGAAAUUUACGUUCCAAAAGACCCUCCCUUUGUACCACCACCUGGUACGGUUAUUUACACAGUCCUUCCAGAUGGUGCCCCUGUACCUCAGGGAACUGUGGUUUAUGGCCCUCCUCCUUCUGCACCAGCAAAUGGAGGUUCAGUUGCUCCUGGAACAGUUAUCUAUGGCCCACCUCCUGUGGGAGCCCAGGUUGUUUACGGCCCUCUUCCUGCUAAUUUCUCUGUCCCACUCAUUCCUGUUGGAGUGCUUCACUGCAAUGUGCCUGAACAUCAUGAAUUGGAGAAUGAAGUCUCAAGGCUAGAAGACAUUGUGUAUCAUUUAAAGUCUCAGAAAUAUGGAGAUAAAUGGUCAGGGGAAGCUGACCACAAAUGUAGGAAAGAGGUGGAAAAAUUACAUCAAAAUAUUGAAGAUCUGGUGCAUGAAAGAGAAGAGCUGGAACAUGAAGUAGCAGAGCUACGAAGAGCAGCUCAGAAACAUAACAAACGGAAGGACUUUAUUGAAGGGCAUACUGACAAUCUAAUAGCAGAGUUACAGUUAGAAAAAUCUCUUAAACAUCAUGAAGAUAUUGGAAAUGAAAUUGAAUGUAUAGAGAAGACACUUUUGAAACGACGAGCAGAGCUUAGAGAAGCAGACAGGCUACUUGCAGAAGCUGAAAUAGAACUUGAGAGCACACGGGGAAAGACCAAAGACACUAUUCAAAAGUACAAUCAUGCCAAACAGCAUUUGUCCCGUACUGAAACUGAGGCAGAGGAGCUAGAGCGAAGGGCUCAGGAAGUGGCCAUUAAACUUGUGAAAGCAGAUCAGCAAUUAAGGUACACUGCUUGGGGGCUCUCUUGUGAAUUUGUAUGGAAUGGGGUUGAGGAGAAAAACAACAUUCUUUCAAAUACUAGGAUACUGCUUUCAGAGAGGAAGAGCUGUAAAAAUGUUAGUCUGAAAAGCCAUAAAUGCUGCUUUAGGUUAUUACAGGCAGAUACAAGGGAUUUAGAACAGCAAAAGAUUGAACAAGAAGGUAUCUUGAAGGAAAUCAACAAAGUGGUGUCCGCAAGAGAUUCUGAGUUCCAGUCAUUAAACCAGAAGAUAGAAAUGCUGACUGAAAGUCUUCAGAAGCUUCAAGGAGAUAUUCAAGUUGCAGAAGGCAAUGAAGAACAUCACCUCCAAAUCCUUAGGGAAGCAGAAAACAUUCUUCAAGGCAAGAAAACUGAACUAGAAAGACUGAAAGAUCAGAUUACUGCUCAGCAGCAAGAGCUGCUGCUCCUGGAGCAACAGCUGAGUCAAAGAAAAGAGGAGCUGAAUGUCCUUCAGGAUUGUAUUUCUCAAAAGAAAGGUGACCUCAAAGAAGCUCUUCGAGAUGGGGAGACUGAAGCAAAUGAAAAACGACGCCAAAUAAGAGAAAUAAGAUCUCUUCUGGAAGAGCUGAACGUCGAGAGGAAAGAACUGGACGUCCAGAUUAAUGAGAAAAGAGCACAGCUUUCCUUCAUAAAGAAGGAUAUUGGAAAAGAAGAGGAAAAUCUUCAAGGAAUACUUGGGCAAAUUACCAAGCAUAAGAUGGAACUGAAACAUGUUCUGGAAAUGCUGCAGCUUGAAAAUAAUGAACUUCAAGGUCUAAAACUACAACAUGACCAAAAGGUCAAUGAACUAGAAAAGAUUCAGGUUGCAGUUCUAGAAGAAAAACUAGAACUGGAGAAUAUUCAGAGAUUAUUUCAGUGUCAGCAAGGGGAAGUAGAUUGGCAGAAACAACGACUUGAGAAAGACCGUCAAGAAAAUGAACACCUGGUUUCUCAAAUGCACGCUCUGCAAAAUAACAUUGAAUCUUUGUAUAAAGAAAAGCAAAAGCUUGAAGAAGGCUGUCAGAGUUUGGAAAACAAGUUGUCGCAAACUAGAAGAGAUCUGACUGCUACUGAAGAUAGCAGCAGAACUGCAUUGUCCAAUAUAGAGAAGAUGGAGAUGGAUGUAAAAAAACUGCAGCAGGAGAUAGAUUUACUGAACAAGCACAAAAAGUCACUGAAUGAAGACAUCAUUGUAAUACAGAAGCAUCUUCAAGAAAAAAAGGAAGAAUUGGAAACUUUGAAAGGAGAAUUAAAUGACUCCAGACAACAGCUUCAAGUGGUAGAACAGGAUUUGAAAAACAACACAAGGCAUCAGGAUGAGCUGCUUAGAGAGCAGGCAACGCUGAAAGAAGAAAUCCUGGAAUGCUCAAAGAAACAUAAGGAUUGCCAAGAGAGACAGAAAAAGAGGGAGAACCAAUUGCAGCAGCUUCAGAAAGAGAUUCAAGAGAAGGAGACAGAACUAGCCAAACAAGAAGCGAUUCUUCAUCGCCUCAAGCAAGAUUCAGAGGAUGAAGGAAAAAAACUGGAAGAAUGUACUGCUAAACUGCAAGAUCAGAAACUACUAUUGGAAAAGGAGCUAACAGAUCAACAAAAGAAGUUGGAACAGGCAAUAGCAAAAGUAAAACUGGCAGAAGAAAAGAUCAGGAAGCUGGAAAAGGAGGAGUCCUGGUGUGCAACACUUGAAGAAACAGUCAGAAAAAGCAAACAUCAGGUCUCAGAAAAAGAACUACAAUUACAACAAAAAAAUAGAGAAAUUGCAUCUCUUCAGAAAGAACUGGAACUUUCCAAGUCUGAGCUAAAACAUCUCCAAGACCAGUUAGCAUCAGAGAGGAAAAAAGCACAAAAGCAAAUCUUGAGUCUGAAAGAAGCAAUCAAAAUGCAGAGGACCCAGCUGGAAAAAGAACUGCAUGAAAAAAAGCAUGAAAAUAACUGUUUGCAGAGUGAUAUAGCAACCGUUGAACAAGUAGCACACAAUAACCAUGAACAAGCAAAACGUCUCAUUAAGGAGCUUGGCCAGAUCCAACGGGAAUAUAUGGAUCUCCAAACGCAGGUUAAAACGCAAGAAGACCUGAAAAACAGACAAAGGGAAAUAAAGGAUGCAGCAAAGAUGCUUAAAUUGGAGAUUAAAGAUGAAAUUAGUACAGGGCUUAAAUCUUUAAGCCCAUCAUCUCCAGAACUCUUGGAAAAUCUGGACGCAGCUUUUGAAGUACGGGAAAGUCUGCAUGGUGAAUCAAAUGACUUAGAGGAGACUGCUCCGUUUGCAGCUACUGACAGAAGACUGCUCUCACUGGAAGAAAAGCUGGAUUUUUCUAAAGUCAUCUUAAUGGAUGAACAGUGGCGUGGAGAAGCUCUCCGGGAAAAACUGCGGCAUCAUGAAGAUCGGUUGAAGGCUCAACUCCGGCAAUGCAUGUCCAAGCAAGUAGAAGUAUUAAUCAGAGGAAAGCAGCAAACAGAAGGCACCCUUCAUAGCUUGAAGCGACAAGUUGAUGCACUGGAUGACCUAGUCAGCAGUACUUCUUCAGAUUCGCUGUUUCUAGCCCAAAGCUCAUCAAGUCUCUCUCUUCAUGAUGCUCUGAAUUUAACAAAAACACAGGCUGCUCUGACAGGACUUAUUCACUCUCGUAGUAGGCGAGCAGGUAUUUCAGUGGCAUCUCAAACACUGCAGUCUUACUCCCAAGAAAUUUCUCAGUAGAGAGCACAGAGACGAGUGCUGAUCUGCACGUGCAGCUGUACGCCCUGGAGCUGCGCCAUCCUUCUACCACCUUUGAAGACUUCUACCUCACUUUUUUGCCAACAAUAACACACAGCUGGCCACAGGAUCUACUCAGUACUGUGAAGUUUCUAUAUGAUUAACUGAGCUUUAUGUAUAUAAGAAAUGUUUUAACUAUUUUACAAAAGCAAGUUCAGAGUACCCCAAAUAACUACUGUUGCUAUUUAAAUGUUCAUAUUUUUGGUCAGUUUUCACUUUGUGAAGAAAAUUUGUAAUAAGGACAAAGUUGUCCCUUACCUGUUGUCAAAUGCAUGAAUGUUUUAAAUACAAUUAUUUUACAGUAUUUUUUUAAAUAAACUUCAGUGACUGAA